ACCACAGUUGCCAGUGCUUUAUUUGAAAUAAACUUUCUUUCUUUCUUUCCCAUGUAGGAUUUCCAACAAAGGAUGUUAAAUAAUUUGUGGGAGGGAAAACCAUGAGCUUUCUAUGUUGUACAAAGUCAAGCUUUGUGUUAUGUGCCGGCCUCUGUAUUGUCUUGUUAGCAAUUAAUAGCAUUAAUCAGCAAGAGGAGCGGAUGGACGUUGAAAAAGAAGUCAAGGAAUGCGGCUUUUAUCCAGGAGAACUGUGCAGAGCACUGUUUGAGGGGAAGCCCGCAGCUCUGGUGGUGGGGAAUUUCUGCCAGGAUGCUCUGCUUCUGCCCAGAAACAAGGAGCUUGUCAAUCUUCAGUCUACAAGCAACUGUUCCACCAUGAUACAAGAGCUACACUUUAUAACAAAGCCGCUGUCUGAAGAGGAAGCAGGCUACCCCCUGGCUUAUAUCAUAACCAUACACAAAAAGUUGGACAUGUUUGUGAAACUUUUAUCCGCCAUCUAUGCUCCUCAGAAUGUCUACUGCAUACACAUUGACCAAAAGUCCCCCAAGGUAUACAGCCAAGCUGUGCAGAGGCUGGCCAGCUGCUUCCGAAACGUUUUUAUAUCUUCAAGACAGGAGACUGUUGUGUACGCAGGUAUUUCACGCCUACAAGCGGAUAUCAACUGCAUGGAGGACCUAGUACGCUCCGAUGUUCCAUGGAAGCAUGUUAUCAAUGUUUGUGGGCAAGACUUUCCUAUUAAAACUAACAGAGAAAUUGUACAGUAUCUAAAAAGCAAAUGGAACGGCAGAAAUCUGACGCCAGGUGUGAUACAGCCGCAGCAUAUGAAAUACCGGACACGAUUCACUUACAAAGAAUUUGUUCACAUGGAAAAGUCAUAUGUAUAUCCAACCAAAGAAGAGAAAGAAAGUCCACCUCACAACAUCACCCUGUACUUUGGUACAGCUUAUUACGCCCUCACAAGGGACUUUGUGCUGUUUGUAAUAUCAGACAAGCGUGCAAAAGAUCUUCUUGAGUGGUCAAAGGACUCGUACAGUCCAGAUGAGCACUACUGGGUGACUCUUAACAGGAUGAAAGGUGUCCCAGGCUCCACACCCAAUGCUGGAUGGGAGGGGAACAUCAGAGCUAUUAAAUGGAGGGAUCAGCAGGGGGUCUCCCACUCUGGUUGCAAUGGCCAUUAUGUCCGAGACAUCUGUGUAUAUGGACUUGGAGACCUGCAGUGGCUGACUAAAUCACCUCAUUUAUUUGCUAACAAAUUCGAUCCAAGCCAAUAUCCACUAGUCACCGACUGCUUGGAAAGACAUUACAGGCUUAAAGUUCUAAAGGAAGCAGAUGUGCCUAUGGAAAAGAACUGGUAUUUUGAAGACGAGUAUUCCAAGAGGACAGAAACAUGACAACAGACACAAAGAUAUCCUGCAAUACAUGCAGUCCAAAAUGAAAACAUGUCCGAGUUUCCAGGAGGAAUGCAAUACUGUAUUUGACUAAGUGACAAUGUGCAAAUUACAGACUGAUUUGGAACAUGUUGACUAUUUGCAUGGGAGAUCGUGUAGGACAUGUACAGAACAUGAGAUGUUGUAAUGAAAGCUAUACAUGAUCAGCUCUCAAGAGUAAUAGUAUUUCUGUAACUUUCUCUGCAACAUGCUAAUAAAGUGAAGAUCAUACAGCAGAGCCUGGCCGACAUCUGCAUCCAUGCAUUUUCCAAGCAAGCUAACCUACAAUUAGAACACAUAUGUAGAUAUCAAUGCAGGACAGGGGCUCGACUUAUUCGCUUUAUUACAUACCCUUUAGAGUCAUACAUACAAGUUCAGUGAGAUGUUUCCAACAGAAGGAGGAAGGUAAUUGGCCUGAGUGGGCACCUUUUAUUUUAUAUACUAGUGUACUCCAUACUUUAAUACAAUGGUCUCAAAUAAAGAGUGGUGCCAUGCGAGUUCU